AUUAAGUAGAAUUUUAAUUAAGUUAGCCGAUACUGAGAAAUUCUAUACAUAUUUGUAUUAUUAUCAAAGCCGGAAACUAUACACACGACCCCACUUAUUGGAAUAUCUUCUCUUAUCGAGCUGCAGCAUAGAUUUUUGAUGUUUAAAUUUGUAGUAGAUAAUAUCGAACCCAUGACCUUUUGUUAACAUAUUGUUGGAAUUACUACGUCAGAUCAGUCCCUUGUUUCAAACAUGUGGUUCGGGCGUGUUUUUGUGAUAUGUUCUGUGAUUCUAUGGGAGUUUUGUAAAAGUCAAGAUGUACCCGAGGAGAUACCGUCAUCAGAAACAAUAUCUUCAGAAGAAAUCACAACUAACGCGGCUAUACAAGCGGAGAAGAAGAUGAGUGAACACAUCUUAGCGGUGAUGGAACACUUCAAAAAACCAGACCCGAUGGGCAUCCCGGGAGUGGAAAUCCCAGAUCCAUACUCUGUCCCGGACAUGAGAAAGUCCGUGACGUUCUUCGACACCUUGUACCUGGAGAGGACUGCUGUCCACGGCAUCAGCAAACUUCGUGUUCUCUAUAUUAAUGCUGACUUCGAAGAUAUGGAGGUACGUGCCGCCAUGUACAUUGAUAACCUUCAAGCCCGAGGUACAUACCGUUAUUCCUCCCUGCUGAUGCCCAGGAUGGGUCCCUUCACAGUCAAUGUCACCGGGCUGCAAAUCACACCGAGAGCUAGCCUUGGUGUCGAGAUUGACGGAAAACUUAGCGCUCAAGACAUCGUUAUAGACCUCAGCUUCGAUACCAUAUCGGUGAACUUCGAAAACCUUGGAGCUUUAGGCAGUGUACUUCAAAGCUUCAUCAACGGUGCUGGCAAUUUUGUCUUCGAUUCCAUAAAACCGUAUAUACUUCAAGACGCUUACAAGAAAGCUCGGAUUGCAAUAAACGAGAAAUUGGAAGAAAUAGCUGAUGACGUAAAAUUCCCGAACAGCAUAGCUCCACUAGACAUGGUACUUGUCGACGUGAGGAGGAGUGUGAGAGAAAUGGGACUGGAUCCGUAUAAAGCAGAUGACUUCAACAAAACUGACAUCUCACCUUUAUUUAUAGCUCUAACGAAUACUUGGAUAAUGGGUUUAUCUACAGUCCAUCGUAUAGGCGAUAUGAUUAUUAAGCUGGAAAAUAAUACAGCCAUUGUGCAUUUUGAGAUCGGAAGUCAAAAACUAGAGGGGACGACACAGUGGGAGGUUUCUGCCGGCGGCCUCGUGUCGUUGGCUGGUACUGGAUCGUUCUCAGUGGAAUAUGUAAGUGCAAGUGUAGUUAUUGCUCAACCUUUAGAUACUAGAAAUAAGCCUAUACUUGAGGAAUUUCAUCUAGACGUAGGAAACAUCCAAGCGCGAUGCGAUGGGGCGGGUACAAUCGAUUAUAUAAUUGAAUUUGCUGUUAAUAUUUUGCCGAAUUUGUUGAGGUACCAAAUUGUGGCUGCUUUAGAAGGGCCACUCGUGACAUAUUUACAAAAUGAACUAAAUGCAGUUGAUGUGGAGGAAGAAAUAAAAAUGGCGCUACCAAGAAUUGACGAGCUUGCGGAAACAGACUUCAAACUAUCGAUGCUUCGAGGUGACAAUAUUGAAACGUAUGAUGAAGACGAUUUUUUCAACUUUUAAUUAGCUAAGUUUAUGUUAGGCUAGUACCAUUGCUGCGAAUAGAUCUGAGGAUCUAAUAUAAUAGAGCUAAGAUUUUAAUAAAUAUAGUCAUAAGUUUC